AUGCCUCGUCCCGGGAGGAACACGUACAGCGACCAGAAGCCCCCGUAUUCUUACAUUUCUCUCACCGCCAUGGCGAUCCAGAGCUGCCCCGAGAAGAUGCUCCCUCUGAGUGAAAUCUAUAAGUUCAUUAUGGAUAGAUUCCCGUACUACCGGGAAAACACGCAGCGCUGGCAGAACUCACUGCGCCACAACUUGUCCUUCAACGACUGUUUCAUUAAAAUCCCGCGGCGGCCGGACCAGCCCGGUAAAGGCAGCUUCUGGGCGCUGCACCCGAGCUGCGGGGACAUGUUUGAGAACGGGAGUUUUCUGAGGCGUCGAAAGAGAUUCAAAGUGUUAGGCGCGCCCGAUCACUUGGCCCCGAGUAAACAACAAGACGCGGCGCACUACCUGCAACAACAAGCCAAACUGCGGCUGAGCGCGCUGGCGGCCACGGGCACGCACCUCCCGCAGAUGUCCACGUACAACUUAGGAGUGUCCCAGACGUCCACGUUCAAGCACCCGUUCGCCAUAGAGAACAUCAUCGCCAGAGAGUACAAGGUCCCGGGGAGUCUGGCCUUCUCCACGAUGCAGUCCAUGUCGGCCGGGUACCCGCUGCACAACCAGCUCACGAGCGCCUGGCCGCACGUGUACAACAGCAGCGUCAUGGACACCAUGGCGAGCAGCGACUACGGCGCGUACGGGAUGCCCAUUAAGAGCCUGUGCCACAGCGGGCAGUCCCUCCCCGCCAUCCCCGUCCCCAUUAAGCCCACGCCGACGAGCAUGGCGGGCUUCUCGGCUCUGCCUCCGCACCUGCCCGCUUUCCUGUCAAACUCUCCGCAGUCCCUCAGCCCCACGUCCCCGCAGACAGCCACGAGCCAAAGCAGCCCCGCUACGCCCAGCGAGACCCUCACGAGUCCGGCCACACUGCAGUCUGUGGCGGUGCACUGA